GCGUGGUGCGCGGUGCAUGCCGGGGCAGCUGACGUCUCGGGACUCGGGCAGACAAACCGCCUCCAUUAUCCGAGCUGGGCUGAAAAAACUGUCGCCGCCUUCAGCCGUUUUGGGCCCGCAAAGGUCGCUCUCAGCUCCGCCGGGCUGCCCCGGACCUAGACGACAGCCAUGUUCAAGUGCAUCCCCUUGUUCCGGGCCUGCAACAGGCAGGUAGAGUACGUGGACAAGCGGCACUGUAAUCUUAUGGUGGUUCCCGACGACAUCUAUCGCUACGCGCGUACUUUGGAAGAGCUGCUCUUGGAUGGCAACCAGAUCAGAGAGCUACCCAGGCCUUUUUUCCGCUUGAUGAACCUGCGAAAGUUGAGCAUCAGUGACAAUGAACUUCUGCGUCUACCCGGAGAGAUCUCCAACUUCAUGUCACUCAUGGAACUGGACUGUUCACGAAACGAUCUUCCAGACAUCCCAGAAAACAUCAAGUUCUGCAAGUCCCUGUCUGUGGUGGACUUCAGUGGGAACCCCAUCGCAAAGUUACCUGAUGGCUUUACACAGUUGCGAGGGUUACGAUACGUGGCACUAAACGACAUCUCUCUUCACAAGUUACCUGGGGACAUUGGAAGCUUGUCCAAUUUAAUAACCCUGGAACUGAGAGAGAACCUACUGAAAGUGCUGCCAACAUCUUUGUCAUUCCUGGUGAAGUUGGAACAGUUGGAUCUGGGUGCCAAUGAACUUGAAGACUUGCCGGAGACCCUGGGAGCAUUACCAAACCUCAAAGAGCUCUGGCUAGAUGGAAACGAGAUCAAAGAACUCCCGCCGGAAAUUGGGCACUUGAAGAAGCUCAGCUGUCUAGAUGUGUCUGAGAACAAGCUGGAGUUCCUUCCUGAUGAGAUAGGGGGCCUCGUAAGCCUGACUGAUUUGCACCUAUCACAGAACUGCCUAGAGGCUCUACCUGACACCAUCGGUAAGCUGAAGCAGCUGGCGAUGCUGAAGGUGGAUCAGAACCGGAUCCUGGUUCUCACACCGGACAUCGGCAGCUGUGAGAAGAUCCGGGAGCUGAUCCUGACGGAGAAUCUCCUCCAGGAGAUCCCGCCAACCAUCGGGAACCUCAAGGAGAUGAUCAACUUCAAUGUGGACAGGAACAGGCUGCUCAACGUGCCUGAUGAGAUCGGUGGGUGUGUGAAGCUGGGUGUGCUGUCCCUCAGAGACAACAGACUGACCAGACUUCCCAACGAGCUGGGCAACCUGAAGGAGCUGCACGUCAUGGAUGUGGCUGGCAACAGGUUAGAGAACCUCCCCUUCUCCAUCACGGCGUUGAACCUGAAGGCGGUGUGGUUGUCGGAGAACCAGUCUCAGCCCAUGGUCAAGUUCCAGGCCGAGGACGACGAGAAGACGGGCGACAAAGUCCUGACGUGUUUCCUCCUGCCGCAACAGGGCCCCUCCGCAAGUAUGGAUAAUCUGCCAAUCGAGGAGCGAAUACGGAAACUGCGCUGGUCCAGCCACACUGACGACACCGGCUACAAGUCAGGCAUGAUAAUGUUCCAAGAUAUGGGGUGGUCGGAGGAUCCUCAUGCACACAUACAGUAUGGAGGUUAUCUACAGGAGGAAGAGAACCUGUUCCCAGACGGCAGAAGUAUGGAUGAAGCGUGGACAGAGCCGGUACCGGACCGCACGUCCAAGGUGCUGUUCGACGCGCCGGAAGAAAAUGAGGAAGACAAACCGACCACGUUUGUACGCCACAACACGCCACAUCCGCGGGAACUGAAGACACGACACCCGAAGUACCUCGCCAAGCAGCAGCAGAACAAGCACAGCGACGAGGACGGACAUGUCAUGACCGCAGAGUCCGAGGAGGAAAACGAGGAGGAUGAUGAACACACCCCACUCAUGGUGACCAAUCAGCACGCUGUAGCAGAACAGCAGCAGCAUGUGGAACUCGCGCAGGAAAGACCAAGAGAAGAAGAAGAAGAAGAAGAACUACUUCCCGAGAGAACGCAAGAAGAGAAUGAUGAGGAGGCGGAAGAAACAGACGAUGAAGACCGUGAGAGACAGGUGACGUUCUCCAGCGAUACGGAAGACGUGGAGAAAAGCGACAGCAAACUUCAGCGGAGAGACACUCCUCACCAUCUUAAGGGGAAGAGGCUAAAUCUUGAUGAGGAAACUGCAGCAGACGCUGUGGCGGCCAUUUUACAGAGGCACCAGAGUCAAACCUCGCAGAAAGGAAUUGUGCUCAAUAGUUAUGCAGAUGGGGAGGAACCAGAAAUGGAAGAACAACAGAUGACCCUGACCAUCCAGCGGCCCCCUGGGAUGGGCCUGGGUGUCAGCAUCGCCGGAGGGAGGGGCUCCACUCCUUAUAAGGGCGAUGAUGAGGGUAUCUUCAUCUCUCGAGUGUCUGAAGACGGGCCUGCUGGGAAGGCUGGGGUCAAGGUCGGAGACAAGUUGUUAGGGGUGAACAAUGUGCACCUGGAAGAGGCGGAGCACCACGAGGCUGUGGAUUGCCUGAGGAACAGCGGGAACACAGUACAAGUAGUGGUGAUGAGGGAAGUCAUGGUGGAGAGAAAACCCCUGCCACAGCCUUCAGCCAAGACCCCACCCGGCAGCCCAGAGAAGGGGCUCACAGAUGAACAGGCCUCGGCAAAGAAACACGGCGUCACAUUCGCACCCGAACCUGAGGUGGAGAUUCAUGCUGAGACUAUAGCAACAACGUUGGUGAGAGAUCAGCGAGGCCUGGGGUUCAGCAUAGCAGGAGGGAAGGGCUCCACUCCAUUUAAGGGCAAUGACACAGGUGUGUUCAUCUCCAGGAUAGCGGAGGACGGGAUAGCAGAGGCUGAUGGGAAGCUCGAUGUCGGCGACAAAAUUAUCUCGAUAAACGGAGUAGACGUGACGGAAGCGCGGCAUGACCAGGCAGUAUCCCUGCUCACCUCCUCCGACCGCAUUCAGCUGGUCAUUUACAGGGAACAUCUCGUUAUCAACCAGGAGCCCCCCGCAUCCACCACCCCCAAGGCUCGCCCCCCACCCUCCCCGCGCACAUCCCCCAUACCACGCUCCCCAACCCACCCCGUCAUACUCUCCACCCCACCCCCACGGUCGCCCUCCCCACCCCCCACAUACGAGAAUGUAGAAAGGAUAGUGUCGGAGAUGCAGGAGUCUGUAGUCCUGGCGUCCCCCAGUCCCAUGGCAGAACCACCAUCACCGAUAGUCAACCAUGCAGAGGAGGAGGAGGAAGAGAUGAAGGACUCUCCUUUCCCAGUGGAGGAGGUGACGUUGGUGAGAGAAGGUGGGCCCCUGGGCCUGAGUAUCGUGGGUGGGAGUGACCACUGUAGCCAUCCCUUCGGCAUGGACGAACCUGGAAUUUUUAUCUCCAAGGUAAAGCCAGGUGUCCUCAAGAUUGUAGGAGGUGGUGCAGCUGACAAGACAUCUUUGAAGGUGGGAGACAGGAUUCUUCAGGUGAAUGGAAUGGACCUGAGGCACGCCACACACCAGGAGGCUGUCCAGGCCCUGCUGUCCAACACACAUCAGAUCAACAUGGUCGUCAGACAUGACCCGCCACCUAGAGAACUACAGGAAAUCAACUUGAUCAAGGCUCCUGGGGAGAAGUUGGGCAUCAGCAUCAGAGGAGGGGUCAGAGGUCAUCCGGGGAACCCCCUAGACAAAUCAGACGAGGGAAUCUUCAUUUCCAAGGUGAGCCAGGUCGGUGCUGCUGCAAGAGAUGGCAGGUUAAAGGUUGGCAUGAGAAUAUUGGAGGUAAACAACCAGAGCCUGCUGGGCUGUACACACGUGGAGGCGGUACGAGCGUUACGCGCCGUCGGGGACAGACUACAGGUCCUGGUGUGUUACGGUUACGACGAGGAGGCCGUUAAGGCCAUGUCUCCCACGUCCAUCAUCGCUAACCCCAUGUUGAUCGGAGACGGGAUUCGGCGCGGGAGCCAGGACUCUAUAUCCUCCAUCGACCGAGACUUGUCGUCAGACGAAAUGAGCAUCGUGAGACAGGAAGAAGAAAUGGUGAGAGAAUCUCAGGCAUGGGAGAAAGAGGAGGUAGAAACAAUGACUGGGUCAACUCCCACGCCUGCGGAGGUUUCACCGGAGCGAUUAAGAAGAGAAAGAGAAGAACAGACCAGGAGAAUAGAGGAGGAGGCUGAAAUGGAGGCCAGAAGGUUAGCAGAGUUGCAGAGGAAAAGAGAAGAAGAAGAGAGGGCCAGAGAAGACAGAAAAAAGCAAGAUGAGGAAGCGAAGGAUGUGUUGAGUAGGAGUACCCUGGUUCAUCAAAUGGCACCGAGAAUACACCAUGUUGAACAACCCAAGUCAGAUGCUGUCCAACAGUCCAAAGACUCGCCUACGAAAGUGGCGCCGCCAACGCUGCCCAAACCCAAACCCAAACCUGAACUCCUGGGUUAUAAGGACGUGUCUGCAUGCCCGCCUAGACGACUUAGCGACCGGGUAUCCGAGGUACAUGUGUGCAGUUCUUCCCUCAGUGUUCUCGCCAGGCCUUUUGAGCAUAUAGGGGCCCCCUAUGCUGUGAUUUGGACCCCCUGGCCUCCUCCGCCUAUUCCUAAGAAACCCACUAUCUUCAAAACCCGCUCUGUUGAUGAAGGCAACCGGCCGCCCAAACCACCUAAACCUCCAAAACCUCAAGUGUUACCUAAGCCAAAAGAUGGAGACAAGAGUCAAAGAGUGAGUUUGAUCAGUAAUGACGACCUUGCCAACUUGAAGGCUGAAGAAGAGAAGAGAAUGCUGUCGAUGUCUCAGGAUGAGUUGAUGGCUCAGUACCAGGAGGACUAUCCUGACAUCACCGACGACUCGCUAUUCCACGACAGUUCCUCCUUCAACAGAAUGAGCAUAGCCUCCAGUACCACCUCGGAUGAUUCAGCUUUCAGGGACCUGUCCUUACAGGAGACUUCAACGUCCAGAUCCAACACCAGCCCCCUUGCCCCCACCCCUCCCGACAUCAGGACAGCAAAGGCAGAGAAGCGUUACUACGAGAGGUUAAAGGCCAUGAGUCCGGAGUCGGUGACCUCUGACCCUGACAGGGCGCUAUCUCCCGCGGAGGAGCGAGCACGACAGGCGGAGAAAAGAGCUGCCUGGAGACAAGCAAGAAUGAAGUCCCUUGAAGAAGACGCCCUGAAAGCACAGAUGGUCAUUGCCAAGGUCAAGGAAAUGAAGGUCAAAGGCUCCUUGGAGAGGCUUGCCGAGAGCCCUACGCCGAAAACUGUGCCAGAUAGGUCACAUGAAGACAAUGGAAAUGUGUCCACAGACGCUAACGACAACACACAAGAUUCUCCUGCAUCAUCACAGUCGUCAUCCUACACUGGUUCCUACGGUAACUACAGUAGUCAACAAGCAAACGGAGACAACAGUAGUCCAUCCGAGGGGAAAUACAUCGAGCAGACAUCAUGAGACUUGCACCAGGACACUCUCCUGUAGUUAAGACAUUCAUAGGACUGUUUUAAGACAUUCAUAAGACAAUGGCAGCUCAAGACAGGCAAAACCAACUCCUUAACUUGUCUCUCUUCCUCUAAAUUUUGUCUCGAAGUUGCUUAUUUUUUAAAAAUCGAGGUUGUCUUUUCAAGAUGGCUUUUGAAACUGCUUAGUUGACAAAUCUGUCUCAUUUUACCUUUUUUUCUGACUUGUUAAUUUGUCAAGACUGGCUUUGCUUCUUAUCGGUUGCCAUUUUAAAAGAAAACAAUUGAUUGUAGUCCCAUUGUCUUAUGAAUAAUGUAUAAAAAGGUGAGAGGGUGAAGUAUUGUGUACUGAAGAAUAGAGCAAAGAUUUGGUGUCAUUCGAAUUUCUUCAAGGGCUCAAAGAGUUCUUUAUUAUGAUUUUUUUGUACUUAUGAAAUUUUUUCAUCUUCAGUUACUAACAUUAUUACCUCAAUGCAUCUCUGUAUAAUACUUUUCCUGAUUAUUUGUAAAUGCAUUAUUCUUCUUUGAUGUUGAUAUAUUGGGAGUUUUAACAUGUUUAUCAUAUUUCCCUACAUGUGUACUUUUGAUAGAGAGAUUUUGUCUCAUUUUUUAGCUUCUAAUGGAUUAGAAGUAGUUACUUCGUCAUUUUUUACACAUAGAUUUUAGACAUUUUAAACUUAUACCGACUCUGUGUUUGUGUGGAUUUGCAGUAAUCAACUGUCUUUCUCUCAAAUCAUGUUUUGUUGGUUCAAACAUUCACAAAUGAACGGUGUUAAAGUUGUCUUACUUGGAUCAUUAUCUUUUUAACAAAUGAAAAUUACUAAAUCUGUGGCCUUUUCAUUUUGGUGAGCUGCACAAUUUGCCAAUUGGAAACGUAGGGCUAGGAAACAUUUUUUACACCAAUCAGAUUUGAAAGAAAACAAUUAUUCUUUGUAAUGUUAUUCAAUGUACUGUUUUUAGUCCGAUUUUUUUUCUGAUUUUAAAGUUCUUGUUUGCACCUUGUAUAGAAAAUUGCACAAAAUUCAGAUGAGGAAUAUGGCGUUACACAGAAAGUUGUAUAAAGCACAUUGGUGUUGAAUAAGCAAAGGAUUCUUUUGGUCGUAACACGAUGAAAGAAAUGACCAAAAGUUGUGUCAUAUCACGAAUUGUAAAUGCACUGUUAGGAAACAGAGAUGGUCGAUUAUGUAGACAGGAGUGUAGCAUAAUGUAGCUCUUAGCGUGGACAUACUUUCAUUGUAAAUAAAGCACCAAUGAACUGAAUCAUGUAUACCUUAGGCAACAUCCUACGAAUGUUUGAGACCCAAUCGUGGAAUCGGCUAACUUUUGAAACGACUUUAAACUGAGGUCUACUCGACAAUCAUGGAAUCAGGUCUGUCCUGUAGUCAAGUUUUGGUCGACUGGAAUGUGUCACAGAGAAUGGUUGUACAGCAAAGUAAUGGUUUUGGUACAUGUAACAUGGUCAGCAGUUCAAUAACUUCUCACCUUUUGGGUGGAAGAACCACACGCACGAAUGUAUCACUGUCAGGAACAGAUAUUUUGUGAUCACCAUUUAAGAUAUACCGUAUCCUAUGGCAGGCGUCCACUGUACUCUGGUAUUGUCUAUGUAGGACAAAAUUGUUUCUUACAAAUUGAAAACUGAGAACACUUCAUCUGUAAUAGAAUUGGCUCUCAUAGAGAAAUCUUAGUAAUACAAAUUGGUGUUUCAAAAAAUGCCCUGAUAUCUCAAAACACUGUAACUGAACAUCUCAAAAUAACUGAAAGUCAGAUUUCCUUGCAUAGGGUGGUGGUUUUUACUCUUCUAUUUUUCAAAUGAACUUCCUAAAAACAGUCAGCUUGUAUAGUGGACAUCUGGGCCUAUUUCAAGUUAACUUACACUGUAUUGUAUGACUUUUAACUCGAGUGCUGGUUUUUGUACAUCAUUCCCCAUAUAAUUGUAUAAAUGGCUGCGUGUACAUUUUUACACCCGUCUCUCUGAGACGAUUACUACCCCCCAAAUGUGAAAUGGUAUGUCCCAAGUAGUGUUUGUACCACUGUAGCUGGUUGCGUGGGAGAUACCAUUUCAGGUAGCAUAGGUGACAAUAGACAUCGUUUUCAAAUCUUACAGAAUAUAUACUGAUGGUGCAAAGUUUCAAUUUUGUAAAGGAACUAUAUACUCAGUAAUGUACUGUUGACAGUACAGCCAAUUAUAGAAGUGUACCUUUUAACCAGUACUUGUCUACAAUACCACAUUUCAAUAGUACCGAACUUAGAACUUUUCAAUGGUAAAUACUGUACGGUUGGUAGUAUAAAGUUUUCAUAGUGGUCUCGUAGUCUCAAUGAAUGGAACAAGGUGGUUUUAAGUUUUAUACAUGUAAGUCGAAACAGCGAGGUACGCUAGCCAAUUGUAAACUCUUUACUAUGUGGCUAAGACACAGAACUACUUUUAAGAGAACUUGAUAUUGUAAGAAGAGCUAUUUUUCGGCUAUAUGGACGUGAAGCUCUGGUUUUUCGCAGCAAAGUUCCAUGUACAGUUCCAACACACUUUGUGCUUAUACAUACAGGUGUAACAAGUGGAUUGUCCAUGUAAUUAAUUCAUAUGUAAAGUUUUACACAAAUGAUUGCCACAUUUCAGAAGAAAUUCCACCGGACACAGUGUAACAGUACAUGUACAUGUAUAUGCCUUGGAUCUAGCAAUUGCAUUCAAUGUAUCACAAUGAAAUAGAGGAUAGCAGUUUUGAUAUGAUAUAGCUGUUCUUGCCAUCUUAUAUACCAAAUCCUAGAACUUGGUGUUACCAUUUCACAUGCCUGGUUUUAAGGAAAAAGCCAUUGCACUUUAGGUAUUCACAUCAAAACCUUGGAAUUUUCACUGAAAUGUGUGUGAUAGUUGUGUGUUAAUUUUUUUGUGAAACUUUAUCUAGACAUUGACCAAAUUUUGUAGCAUGUUUAGUGUUCUGUAGCUAUUUGUAAGGAUGGAACAAUCAGAUAGGUGGAAAUCUUGCUCAUGGCUGUACAUUAUUGCUCUGCUCUUUC